CAUGAAACUAUAGAAAUUAUUAGAGAAGAUCGAAUCAAUGCAACUAUAGAAAAAUCAUUUGUUCGAGCAGAAGAAGUAAUUCUCGAUAUAAGCGCUUUUAGACCAUUGCAUGGAAGUAGCUAUUUACCUUUACUAGAAGUUUUGGAUAAACCUCAACUAGGAUUAAUUAACCCACAAAACAGUAAUGAUAAUGA